GAAUGGUAUAAUAUAUGUUGCGUGGGUGAGUGACUAAGUUGUAUAAACAUGAGAAACAGUUAUGUGCUACUUGGUAUUGAUUGCGGCAAAUUACUUCUGACAAGCUACAUCCAUCCAUUGUAUAUUUGCAGGCAGACUGGCAGCUGGGAUAGAUCGCCAGUAGGGGUCAGCACCAGAUAUUGAUUCACUGUGGAAUAUCAGAGCAUUGGUCUACAACCGUAGGUCUGGUGAAGGUCUAUUGGAAUUUUCUUCACUUCAGUAAUUCAGCAGCAAGAUAGUGAGUGUUUGAGCAAACAGUAAACCGAGUUCUUGGUGAGUGUAAAUAUACAGCACUAUAUUGAGACUUUCAAAGUGUUUUUAUUCUCCGUCUAAAACAGACUAAUGUGCUUAUCUAAAAGAAAUAAUCAUUCCAAAACUGAUUAUUGACUUUCAGUUUGAAUAUCUGUUAUAGUGUUUGUGUGUGACAAUUUUUUACGAUUGUAAUUAAAAUAAAUCUCAAUCAGAGAAGUCUAGGAUAACUGAGUACCGUUAAUCAAUGUUCUUGCAUUGUGUGUCUGUGAGAUGGCAUUAGAAAUCUACGUGAUCAUAGAAAAGGUUUGAUAAUCAGACCCUAUUACAGCUUUUUGGCGAUUCCAUCUUUGCCAAUUUGACUAAUUUCCUUGGCUGCCUCACUGUGGUGUCUGUAUGAUUAAGUGUGGUUAUCUUAUUCGAUUUUCGUCUCUGUCAUCAUAAUUAUGGAAUCAGGAUACAACAGACGCUCCAGCCGAAGUAGUGAUGAUGAAAGCAAAAACCUCUCUACCAGUCUAACGGAAGGCACAUCUAAGUUUUUUACUUCCAUGAUCGCUAAAAAGAAUGGACUAUUCAGUGACUUAUCUAGUAAGAUAGAAACAACGUUCAUGAAGAGUGGGGCCAGUAGUAGUGCUAGUAGUGAGAACACUAGCCCAGUUAAUUCACCCCCGCCACGCCCACCCCCACCGACAAGAAGACCAUCUGAAAAAUGUUUUCAGAAACGAAAUCUGCCACCAAGAAGUAGUUCUGUUGCAAACAGAGAAAGUACAUCAGGUUCUGUGGAUGAUACACUUACAGUUAAUGGAAUGAAUAUUAGUUUUGAUGAACCCUUGUAUAAUAAGAGAGAAGCCCCAGUAGGAAGAAGUUCGGAACCAACAGAAAAUGUAAGUUGUGUAAGAGAGAACACAGAAAGGGUUGGUCCGACUGGCGGUAAUAGCAUGGAAUCUCGACAGAAUCAGAGAUCUGUUAAGCCAAACGGUCAUGUGGCUAAACGGGAACACAACAUGUCAUCAUCUUCCGCAGACUCGGAUAAAGAUAAACCAACAGAAAAAGAAAGACGGGCACCAAAACUGAAAGCAGGACGACGAUCAAGUACUGUGGAUGAAAUGUUAUUUGAUGAUUAUGUGGCUCCUGAUGAUGACAUAGAUGUCAACUCAAAUGAACCAAUUUUUGGUGAUUUGAUGUCAUUUGAUCAAUCUGAGCAACACAGUCCAGAUGUAAAAACGUCACCCUAUCCCAGUCAAAGUAGUGUGGAUUCUAAUUCGAGUAGUAACCGACUGUACACAACAGCAAGCGUGGAUUCCUCGGAUGCAGAAUAUGGAGGUGUUCCAGUACAUCGUUCAGGAUCUCAAGGAUCUGAUAAGUCAUGGAGUUCAAACUACAGUAUAGACAGUCAACCUGAUGAGGUUACAUUGGAAUGUAUGGAGUUUAUGAAAUUGUUUGUGGAUAAGGUGUUUAACACAAGUGAUGAUGUGUCUCAAACAGAAAAAGCCAAAUUUGGAGAAUUAUGUCAGUAUUCACCGGGUCGAUUAUGGUUUGCUAGAUAUGUUAAUGGCCAGCGAGUUCAUAGUAAAAAAGUUGAUGAACAGAUAUUUUUUAGACUUGUACAAUAUUUUGCUGUGUGUCUUUUUGAAUGUAAUGAAGCUGAAGAUUAUUCCCCUGCCAAAACAUUAAUGAAUAUGUGUUUUACAUUCUACUUACAAGAUCAGAAUCCAGGUGGUGGAACAUAUAAACAUUUCCUCUACAGUUAUCUCAGAGAUCAGCCAGUAUGGCAGUCUUUACGAUUCUGGAAUGCUGCUUUCUUUGAUGCCAUACAAGGGGAAAGAUCUCGGAAACCUGUUCCUAAAAAUAAUGAAGAAACAGAUAUAAGAACAGAUGACAGACAGUUUCAAGAGAAUAUAACUUUUGGCCAGUUAGGGACCUUUACAUGUAAUAUGCGAGCAUUUGGAUUAAGUAGAGAACUUUGUAUGGAGUUUCUAAGAAAGCAGGCUAUUAUUGCUAACCUCAAUAAAGAACAAGUGAAGAUGCUAAAAGAUAAUUUUGAUAAAUAUAAAGAUCAUUAACAGAUGAGGUAAAACUAUAUAUAGUAUAUAUACCAACAUCUGAACACAAGUCAUAUAUAGCAGGCCCAUGAUGUACGAGUAGAUGCUAAUAGAUAUAUUUAAUACAGAAAGUUGAUGGGUGAUUGUCAUAUAGCUGAAUAACAUAGAGAGAGAAUAACGCAUGUUAUUUAUUUAAGAAUGAAUGUUUGUUUUAUUUUGCUUCAUAGAUCUGAAUAUUAAAUGAAUGUUGCUAGAUACCAUAGUUUUAGAGGUAACUUAUAAAUAAUAACAAUGUAUAUAUUUCUAAAAAAUGAUUUUAUCCUUGAUUGUAUAUAAACAUUUAAAUGUAAACUAUUACAUUUACCCAUAAUGACAAUGAUGUUGAAAUUGUAAUCAGCAUCUCACACUUCAGAUAGCUCAUUUGUUGAUAUGAUCAGUUUAUAAUGCAGAUAAAGUAUGACCUGCGGCAUCUUCAUUAUAUGGAACAUUCCAUUAUUAUAAUUGAUAUGUGUUUCAUAUAAAAUAAUUAGUUUGUAGUUUCAAACUAUUCAUGUAUAGUGUAGACUAGACCUGUAUAUGAAUCAACAAAAUAUAAUGAAUGUACACAUAAUAACUUGACAAUAAUAUGAAGUAUAUUGAAUCAGAGAUCAGUGCUGAAAUUCCCAUAUGUUUGACUGUAAUAUCUGUUAUCAAAUUAGGUGCAAUAAUAUUUAUUUCUAAUAUCUAUACACUUAAUUGUAAUGCAUCUAAAUAGUUCAUCAAUUUCUGGCUCUUUGAGUUUUGUUAGUAUUUUAUAGGUUGAGAAGGAGGCAUAGCCUAUAUCACACCUCCUAUAUAGGUAUUAAUUUAUAACUUUAAUAGAAUUAAAAAUGUAGAUAUAAAAACAAUUCUUACUACUUGACGAGAACAGAGGAGGUUUAAUAUGCAAUGUACAAAUAAUUUAGAUAUUGUUAUGUUUUAAAUGUACAUUGUAUAUCUACCACUCACAGUUAUUAUUAGAUAGUGUAUAUUUGUAGUUAGAAUUAAAUAAAGAUGUUUGAAAAUUGAUAAUUAAACCAAUUAUUCACACUGUAUAGUUAUAGUAACAUGCAUAUAAUUAUAUAAGCAUAGUAAGGAUGUAUUUGUAUAUUUCCUAAUCAAACACUUAUUAGAAUAAUAAUAUUAAAUAAUAUUGUUCAAGAGCUUUAUGUAAACAAUAAUCAAAUCAGUUAAUUAAAAUUGAUGGUCAACAUUCCUUUUAGAUGUAUAUAAAUGAACAGCUUAUAGUCAUAUGUAAUAAUAUAUGUAAAUAUCUAGAUUUACACAGCAUACUGUAAUUGUAUUAUUUAUAUUCAUAAGCAUGACUGUGGUCACAAUAUUUAAGUUUCAUUCUCAGUGUUUCACAUUCUUUGUAGAAAAUUGACGGAUAGUUUAGUAGAAUAGUUUGGAAGAAAAAUUUAUAUGAAUAUUGGUACUGUAGAACAUAGCGAAUGAUCUUUUCAUUGUUAACCAUCACAAAAGUCCUUUUCAGCUUUCGAUAUCAACAGUGGAAAAAAAAUAAAAUAAGCUGAGUUUAAUCAUAAAUUAUAUGUGUAUUUAAUUUAUUCUUCAUAAUAUUAGAGCCAUACCUACAUAAAAAUAGUCGGAACUAUGAUACACUUUUUAUACGCCCACAUUUUCAUGUGGACGUAUAUUGUCGUCACCCCUGUCCGUCCGUCCACAAUUGUUUGUGAACAGUCUACAGGUCACAAUUUUUAUCUGAUUUCAAUGAAACUUGAAAUAUAAGUUUAUCACCCUAAGAUCUCGGUUCCUUUCGAUAUUGGCAUCUAUCGGACCGUAACUUCAUGGAUUAUGGCCCCUGAUUGUACGAAAAAUCACGUUUUUGGCUUGUGAACACUGUAGAGGUCACAAUUUUUAUCCGAUUUUGUUGAAACUUGAAAUGUAGGUUUAUAACCCAACGAUCUUGGUUCCUUUCGAUAUUCGUGCACAUCGGACCGUAACUUCAUGAAUUAUGGCCCCUUAUUGUAUGACAAAUCGCGUUUUUAGCUUGUGGACCAUAUAGAGGUCCUAAUGUUUAUCCGAUUUAAAAAAAAAGUUUUAUUAUAUCACCAUUAAACCCUAAGGACGAUUGAGUUCGAAUUUCGUGAAAAUCGGCCCAAAACUGACAGACAAAAUGGCCGCCGUUCGUUCUCAAAUAGAGUAAAAAUAUGGUAUAUCAAGGUUGUGGACCCAAUAGAGGUCACAAUUUUUAUCCGAUUUUGUUGAAACUUGAAAUGUAAGUUUAUAACCCAAAGAUCUCGGUUCCUUUCGAUAUUCGCGCAUAUGGGACCGUAACUUCCUGAAUUAUAGCCCCUGAUUGUACGAAAAAUCACGUUUUUAGCUUGUGGACCCUAUAGAAGUCAUAAUUUUUAUCCGAUUUAAAAAAACGUAUUAUUAUAUCACCGUUACACCCUAAGGACGACUGAGUUCGAAUUUCGUGAAAAUUGGCCCAAAACUGACAGACAAAAUGGCCACCCCUUGUUCUCAAAUAGCGUAAAAAUAUGGUUUAUUAAGGUUGUGGACCCUAUAGAGGUCACAAUUUUUAUCCGAUUUUGUUGAAACUUGAAAUGUAAGUUUAUAAAUCAAAUAUCUUGGUUCCUUUCGAUAUUUGCGCAUAUAGAAUUGUAAUUUCCUAAAUUAUGGCCCUUGAUUGUAGGAAAAAUCACUUUUGUUUAGCUUGUUUUCUAUCCGUCUCUCGAAAAUGUGGGCGUAUACUGCCUGGCAGCCGCUGGUAUAGAUAUUUUGUUGUCAUCAAAAAGAUUUGUUUGAAAAACAACUAUAUUUGGAGCCCCUGAAAAAGUAUCAUUAAUUCUGGUAUAAGAUUUUAUUGUACCGAAACUAUAUGCAAGUUGAAAGCAUAAAUGCACAAUUCAAUCAAGCUAUAAUGAAAGUAGCUAAGUCUCUAAAUCAGUAUCAUCCAAAAUUUUCGAUUCGAAAAAUGAGGCUAGACAUACCCCACAAGUCAUGUCAAACAGUGACACCAUAUCUUAUCUGGAGAGCAUGCGCAAUAAAUACUAUCGGUGUAGAUUGGAAUAACCAGACCCUAGAGAUUGCCAUUCGAUUGAGGCUUCUGGCAUAUUUCGCGGAAUAUAACUGAUUUGAAAUUAGAGUAUGAACGGAAACGAUUGAAUGUAUAUCAGUUUAUAUACAUUCAUAUUACAUUAUUAUAUGUGUUGCGACCCAUUUGUGUCAAUUUCUAGGUUCAAAAUAUUAGUGAUUUAGCUCCUUUAAGUGGAUAAUGGAAUUUAUCGACCUAUAAAGGUGGCAAUUUUUACAUUAAUUUCAUGUUUCAUAAUAAUUAAUAACUCAACAUAAUCUCCUUGGGGAUCACAGAGGAGUUAAAAGAAUAAAUUACAUGGCAGUGAUAAAGGAUAAAGAUUUAGUUAAAAUAAAGUCCAGAGAAUUAAUAUACUACUUCUAUGUCUUUUCUCAUAUGGAUUAUAUAUGUCUCAUAAAUAAUUCAUUUAUUUUAGUCAUUGGUGCAUCUCAAACUCCAAACUAUGAUUUAUAUUAAAAUUACUACUGUCCAGUACAGUUACUCUUAGUAUUAUCAAGGUAAAAAUUACAAAUGUUUAUUAUAACUUAUUUAUUCAUAAAAGUAUAAUCUUAGUAAUUGAGUGCAAUGAUGUUACGUUAUAAUAAUUAUAAUAAAGGCUAGUGAUUAAAGUCA